AUGUCCGGCCAGUACCCCCUCCAUUCCGCCGAGGAGCGCAAGUCCGCCUUCACACAGCUCGCAGCGACUAUACACGCUGCGGCGAAGCUCGCGGAGGUCGCGCACUUUGAAGCAAUCCACGCGGGCGGAACGGGGGUGAGAGCGGUGGGGGGCGAGACGGAGGGGGAGAAGGUGGGUGAGACGCAGCGCAUCAACGCGGCGACGGAGCAGAUCAAGGCGGAAGCGGAAAAGGUUGGGAAGGAGGCUGAGAAAUCGGUCGCAGAGACGGCGAGGCUACACGCCGAGGCGAGGAAAGUAGGGCGGGAGACGGAGAGGGCGGUGGCCGAGACGGAGAGGCUGAAGGCGGAGGCUAUGAUGGCGCGGAGUGACAAGUUGCGGAUUGAUGCGGAGACGGAGAGUCGGAAGGCGAUGACGGAGCAGGUCUUGGCGGAGAUGGAGCGGGUGAAGGUUGAGCGGAUGGGGGUCGAGACGGAGGAGACGGAGGCUAAGAGGGCGGGGAAGGAGGCUGAGAGGGCGGUGGCCGAGACGGAGCGGCUAAAUGCGGAGGCGAUGAUAGCAAGGCGCGAGAAAAUGAAGUUGGCUGCGGAAACGGAGCUGGCGAGGGGUGAGGAGGUGAAGGCCGGUAAGGGGGUCGAGAGCUCGGAGGGGGUAGGCGCCGAGACUGCGGAUUACCUGGAGCUCCUGGAGUUGGAGAUUGCGCGGAGGGAGGUGGAGGCGGCGAGGGAACGGUCGUAUCUCAAAUGGGCGCAGAUAAGGCAGGAGAUUGAACAGCUGAAACCCGAGGCGAGCACGGAGAGGAUGAGGAGGAAUCUCCAACUGAAUGGAUGA